AUGGCUGUGAACAAUCUCCAAUUUCAGCAACGAACAGAUUCCAGUAUUCAGACUUUGCAGACACAGAUUGGACAGCUUUCCACUUCAAUGAAUGCCAUGCAGCAAGCCCAUGGAUCAAACCAACUUCCUACCCAAAAAAUUAUGAAUCCAAAAGGCCCUAAUGCUAAUGUGAGUGCAAUUUCCUUGAGAUCUGGAAAGGUAAUAGAACCAGCCCCAGAAAAAAAUAAAAAAAAUCUUGAGGUAACACCUGAACCUUCUUCUGUUGUGAUAGAAACUGAACCCUCUGUUGUGGUAGAAACUGAAAAAGAAAAAGAGAAAGAGUAUGUUCCACCAGUUCCCUUCCCACAUAGAAUACUGAAAAAUAAAAGGACUAGUGAUGGAGACAAGGAGAGAGAGAUUUUAGAUGUGUUCAGAAAAGUGGCGGUAAACAUUAUGCUUCUUGAUGUUAUUAAGCAGGUUCCAAAGUAUGCAAAAUUUCUAAAAGACUUGUGCACAAGUAAGAAAAGGUUGAAGGGCAAUAAGAGUGUAAAUUUGGGACGAAACAUUUUAGCCCUUAUCCAGCCUAAACAUUCACCUGAAAAAGCUAUUGUUUCAUCCGUCAAUCAAGCCAUACCCCAAAAGUGUAAGGAUCCAGGAACUUUUGCUAUUCCAUGUACCAUUGGGGAUAGUAAAUUCGACAAUUGCAUGUUUGAUUUGGGAGCAGACAUUAAUGUUAUGCCUACUUCUAUUUAUAAUAACCUUGAUCUUGGUCCUUUACAGCAUACAAGUUUAAUCAUUCAACUAGCGAACAGAAGUAAUGCUCGCCCUAUUGGAGUAGUGCAAGAUGUGCUUGUUCAAUUUUAG